ACUACGUUGGCACACAUCAUAGCCAACAGCAGCAAAAAGAACGGCACGAGGUUUGUGACACUGUCGGCCACAAGUGCCAAGACAAAUGAUGUUCGAGAUGUCAUCAGCCAAGCCCAGAAUGAAAAAAGACUCUUCAAGAGAAAAACCAUCCUCUUCAUUGAUGAGAUCCAUCGUUUCAAUAAAUCUCAGCAGGACACUUUCCUUCCUCACGUUGAGUGUGGGAUGGUGACCCUGAUAGGAGCAACCACAGAAAACCCUUCCUUCCAAGUCAACGCCGCUCUUCUGAGCCGAUGCCGGGUGAUCGUCCUGGAGAAGCUCUCAGUUGAAGCGAUGGAGGCAAUUCUGAUGCGGGCCGUCAGGUCUUUAGGGGUCCAGGUUUUGGGCCAGGGCAACCAGGACAGCAGCUCUGUGACUGGCAGCAGCAGCGAGAGCUCAGAAUUCCCGGUGUACAUAGAGGAGAAAGCUCUAAAUACCCUAGCCUACCUUUGCGAUGGUGAUGCGAGGACUGGACUGAAUGGGCUCCAGUUAGCAGUUCAGGCCAGAUUAGCAGUGGGAAAGACCACUCCUUUGAAUAUUACCAAAGGUAGCUCUGCAGAUGGCAUUCUGAUAACAGAAGAGCAUGUAAAGGAAGGGCUACAGCGAUCUCAUAUCCUGUAUGACCGAGCAG